AUGUCCUCUUCCUCCUCCUCUCACGACUUGCCGCCUCCUUCCUCGAGCCUCAGCCAUUGCGUGGCUUCCGCCGCUACUCAGCUCUAUGUCGCGCUGGUCGCGACCAUCUUCGUAUCCCUCGCGCGGCACAUCCCCGCCGCCAUCCUCUGGCUGCUGGAGGAUGACAGCGAGCUCGCUCAUGCCCUCAGCCUGCGGGAGCAGCCGGAGACUCAGGCCCCGGCAGUCGUCUCGACAGGAGGGGCUACGGGAGGCUUCGACAGGAGGAAGAUGCUGGAGCCGCACUUCGGGCAGACCUUCAAGGUGAAGCGCGUGGGAGUACUGCGCCUCGCUGAGACGGUCGGGGAGCUGCUGCUGGACGACGAGGACAAUGAUAGUGACAACGCCAGCUCCAGCGACAUCGACGCCAGCGACAUCGACGCCAUCGGCUGCCGCAGCGCCCUCGCCCGCCUCACCGACCUCAAGUCAGGAUCCCCUCGAUACGUCGGAGGCUUCGACAAGCUUAAGAUGCUGGAGCCUCACUUCGGGCAGACGUUCAAGGUGCCCCGGGUAGGCGUCAGGUAG